AUUUUGCUGUGGUGGUAUGCGACGAAACUUGUUCAAAGUGGAAGUUGGUCUCAGCAAACCACAGGCAAGAACUCCGCCAGCAGUCAGAUCAGUGCGCAGUUGAACAGCGCUCAACUUUGUGAUGAAAUCGUUGUGCUCUGGCGUUGUGCUGUACUGAACCCGAUGCUUUCUCCACAGAAUCGACGACAGUUGGCUGCUCUAUUGCGUACAUAUCAUCGAACAGCAGUCGAUCGGAUAUGGAAGGUCAUUCGUGGAACUGGAGGACAAGAUGCAGCUGUAGUUAGUAGCAGCCAUCAGGCGGCUAUACUGCUGAAUUCCAUCCAGGACGCAAACAACUGCCCGUUAUCUUCAAGCAAUGCCCAUUUCGGGCUGGCGCAAUUUCCCGGAUUUCAUCCGUCCCUCCAAGUGUGCCACGCACUGAUAGACGAAACGGUUCCAGGUGUGAGUCAGGUGGCUGUGCUUCAUCUACCUGAGGCAUGUGGAGGCGAUUCCAACGUGCCAGUGCAACCUCUUGCAUCUUGCAGUUCUUCACAGAAAAGGAAUGAGAAAGGCAGGAAAAAGAAGAAAAAGAACCGAUCUCGCGCCGUAGCUGCGAUGGCCUCCCUGGAUUUCCCACCCUUACCGAUAUUCAACGAUGAGGCAUCACUUGAUCGAGCCGUUCGUUAUGCCAUUAGAGCUGCCGUUGGUGGAGAUUGUGAUCGACAUGGACGCGCAAGACGUCAGGAUAGUCUACGCGAAGAGGACAGCUCGGAAUCGGGUCAGGAAAGUGACGUACAGCUCCCGUCAUCCGCUGGUCUGUUGGGAGAUGCCCAGGCCGGUGCUUUAUCUGCUGCACACGAAGAAGUUGACGCAGUACUAGCUGCGGCAUACCUUCCAAUGGAGCCAAUCGAAGUUCGAUUUGCUCGUUGUGAAGCGUUGGCUGCACAUGGUUAUAUACCUCAGGCUUCAACACUUGCUCUACAACUAUCUGACUACCUCGUAGAACAUCUUCAAGAUCUUUCCGAUGCAGAAGAAACACAGUCAUAUAAUGCAAACAUUCCCAGCAGUAGUCGGGAUGGUGCAGUUGAUUCAGUGGAAUCUUACUUCAAUCGUAGUCAACGAUUUGUUGACGCUGUGGAAAAAGCACUUUACUUGGCUCAUAUUUUGAGCGCGGAUACUGCUAAUCAUCCUGGCAUGUUUACUUUCUUGCUU